UCCCUUCUCUAUUACGUCUUUGCUGCUCGGCUUCAUUCCUUCGCAUGAGUGUCCGUUCUUCGGCUCUUCGUCGCUGUUUGACUUCGCUCCUUCGACGACGUUCGCUUCCUGUUGGAUUGGAAGUGUCGAAAUUUUGAUCGGAAGCAACGACGGGAGCUCGCUCGCUGUGAAGGUAACUUUCUCCCUUUCGCGCGCUUCGUCGGCCAAAUCCCGUAAAUCCGCCGAACCGAAGGAUUUAGUAAAUCCGGGACUUACCACGGAAAGGGGGUGUUUUUCCGUCAACUGCGGCUUCCAUUUACCGUGAGAUUUUGCGGUUUUAGCUGUUUGGCGCGAUUUAGCUCAAAUCCGGCCUAAAUCCUGCAGCCAAACAGCCCCGAAAAGCUCGAGAAUGGCGCCGGUUGGAGACGAGGAUCCGGAAAGAAAGAUGAAGAAGGAGCAAAAGGCAAAACUAAAAGAAGAAAAGAAGCUCAAGGCUGCACAGAAGGCUGAGGCUACCAAACUCCAGAAGGCAAAUGAUGGGCCAAAGAAAGUUGAAAGAAAAAAUCGAAAAAAAGAUGCUGAAGAAGAGAAUCCUGAGGAUUUUGUUGAACCUGCAACUCCUGCUGGAGCCAAGAAACUUCUAUCUCGUCAGAUGGCAAAGCAGUAUAAUCCUAGUGCUGUUGAGAAAUUGUGGUAUGCGUGGUGGGAAACAUCAGGUUUCUUUAUUGCAGAUGCAAAAAGUUCAAAACCCCCCUUUGUGAUAGUUCUGCCACCUCCAAAUGUGACUGGGGCCCUUCACAUAGGUCAUGGACUUACUGCUUCUAUACAGGACUUGAUUAUCAGGUGGAGAAGAAUGUCAGGUUAUAAUGCUUUGUGGGUUCCUGGAAUGGAUCAUGCUGGAAUAGCUACCCAGGUAAUUGUCGAAAAGAAGCUCAUGAGGGAAAGUAAAGUGACUAGGCAUGACUUGGGACGUGAGAAGUUUGUGUCCGAAGUUUGGAAAUGGAAAAGUGAGUAUGGAGGUACCAUACUGAAUCAAGAGCGUCGCCUUGGUGCUUCUCUUGACUGGUCCCGUGAGUGUUUUACAAUGGAUGAGAGGAGAUCAAUGGCAGUCACUGAAGCUUUUGUAAAGCUAUACAGAGAAGGUCUAAUUUAUAGAGAUUAUCGCCUUGUGAAUUGGGAUUGUACAUUGCGAACUGCUAUAUCUGAUAUUGAGGUUGACCACAAGGAAAUUAAGGAGGAGACUUUCCUAAAGGUUCCUGGGUAUGACUUUCCAGUUCAAUUCGGGGUGUUGACAUCCUUUGCUUAUCCACUCGAGGGAGGCUUGGGGGAGAUAAUUGUCGCCACGACCAGGAUAGAAACUAUGCUUGGUGAUACUGCUAUUGCUGUUCAUUCUAAAGAUGAGAGAUAUAAGCAUUUACAUGGAAAAUUUGCCGUCCAUCCAUUCAAUGGGAGAAAGAUUCCCAUAGUUUGUGAUGAUAUCCUAGUUGAUCCUAAUUUUGGGACUGGGGCUGUGAAGAUUACACCAGCUCAUGAUCCUAAUGAUUUUGAAGUUGGAAAGCGCCAUAAUCUUGAGUUUAUCAAUAUAUUCACUGAUGAUGGGAAGAUUAACAUCAAUGGUGGAGCUGAAUUUGAAGGGAUGACAAGAUUUAAAGCCCGGGUUGCCUUGAUUGAUGCUUUGAAGGAAAAGGGCCUUUACAAAGGAGCACAGAAGAAUGAGAUGAACCUUGGUUUUUGUUCUAGAAGUAAUGAUGUUGUUGAACCUAUGAUAAAGCCUCAAUGGUUUGUUAAUUGCAAUACUAUGGCAAAGGUUGCCCUUGAUGCUGUUAUUGACAAAGAGAACAAGAAAAUUGAGAUCAUUCCAGAACAAUAUGAACAAGAUUGGAAGAGAUGGCUAGAAAAUAUACGGGACUGGUGCAUUUCAAGACAACUAUGGUGGGGUCACCGCAUCCCUGCCUGGUAUGUGACCCUAGAAGAUGACCAACUCAAAGAUUUUGGCACUUACAAUGACCAUUGGGUGGUUGGAAGAAAUGAAGAGGAAGCCAAUCUUGAGGCAAAGAGGAUAUUCUCAGGGAAGAAAUUUAAGAUUGCUCAAGAUCCUGAUGUGCUGGACACAUGGUUUUCUUCUGGUAUUUUUCCCUUAACUGUGCUUGGUUGGCCAGAUGAUACUGAGGAUUUCAGAGCUUUUUACCCAACUUCUGUUCUUGAAACUGGACAUGACAUCCUCUUCUUUUGGGUGGCUCGGAUGGUGAUGCUGGGUAUGAAACUUGGUGGUGAUGUUCCUUUUAGAAAGGUUUAUUUGCAUCCAAUGAUACGUGAUGCACAUGGGCGCAAAAUGUCCAAGUCCUUGGGCAAUGUUAUUGAUCCACUUGAAGUGAUAAAUGGAAUAUCACUUGAAGGGCUUCACAAACGUUUGGAAGAAGGUAACUUAGACCCAAAUGAACUAAUCAUUGCAAAACAAGGGCAGGUGAAGGACUUUCCAAAUGGUAUUGCUGAAUGUGGUGCAGAUGCCCUUCGGUUUGCUCUCAUAUCUUACACAGCACAGUCAGACAAGAUAAACCUGGAUGUUCUUAGGGUUGUGGGAUACCGACAGUGGUGCAAUAAGCUAUGGAAUGCUAUAAGGUUUGCUAUGAGCAAAUUAGGGGAUAACUAUUCUCCUUCUCCAAAUCUUGUGGUGGAUAAAAUGCCAUCCAUCUGCAAGUGGAUUCUUUCUGUUCUGAAUAAAGCUAUAAAUAAGACUGUAUCAUCUCUUGAAACUUAUAAAUUUUCGGAGGCAUCUACUGCUGUAUACUCGUGGUGGCAAUUCCAGCUUUGUGAUGUAUUUAUUGAAGCUAUCAAGCCUUACUUUUUCUCUGAUUCCACUUAUGUAUCUGAAAGGGAAGCCUCUAGAGAUACCUUAUGGAUAUGUUUAGACUAUGGCUUGCGACUGCUCCAUCCCUUUAUGCCCUUUGUUACUGAGGAAUUGUGGCAGAGACUUCCCCAAGCACGAGAAGUCCAUGGAAAGGAAUCAAUUAUGAUAUCAGAUUAUCCAUCAGUGGUGGAGUCAUGGACUAGUGAACAAAUAGAGAGCCAUAUGGAUAUUGUUCUUAGUAUAGUGAGAAAGAUACGGUCACUCCGAUUACCAACUGACAAAAAUGAGAGACGUGCAGCAUUUGCACUUUGCAGAGGAGAUGAUGUCGCUUCAAUUAUUAAAGCUUAUGAGUUUGAGAUACUAACACUUGCUUCCCUAUCAUCGUUAAAGGUUCUAUGGGAGAAUGAUGUGCCACCACCCGGCUGUGCAGUUGAUGUGGUAAAUGAAAAACUCUCUGUGUAUUUGCAGCUCCAAGGGAUACUUGAUCCUGAAGCUGAACGGCAAAAGCUUAGGAAAAAAAGAGAGGAAAUACAAAAGCUGCAGACAAACCUGGAGCAGGUGAUGAGUUCUGCAGGUUACAAGAAGGCUCCUCAAAGUGUCCAAGAUGAGGAUUUGAGGAGACUAAACACAUAUUUGGAAGAACUUAAGAUUAUUGCUGCUGCCGAUAAAGAUCUAGAUGAAAUGGUAAUUGCUGAUAAAUGAUUUAUAUCAGGGUUCUCAUUUUCCAUCAUCUGAUAGUCCCUUAAAUUAUCCUUUCCUCAUUCAAUGUCAUAUUUAUUUUUGUUAUUUAAAUUUUGAAGGGAAUGGAGAGAGAUUUUAAUCCAUUGUACUUUUGUAGCAACAUUUUAUGUUAUAUGUUCUUAAAUUCUAUUAAAUCAAUUCCAUUGGCUUGAACA